CAAAGGUUCAGGGAGGGGAUGAAGACCCUUGGUGUUCUUGAUGCAAUAAGAAUGCACCCAGAUGCUUUCAGACCGCUGUUUUGUCACGAGCCAUCCCCACUCACAGCUGAUGUACUAGAACAGCUCUUUGAAAUUCGACUGUCAGCAGUGGGCAGAAACAAAAGAAGGGCAGAGGAAUGUGUGGUUGCAUUUUGGAGGGACUACCUGCUGGAUGUUGAGGAGCAAGAGGGACCCUUGCAACUUGGGGGUAUCCUGGCCUGCGACGGGAGCAAAUGAUAUUCCACCCCUGGGCUUCUCCCCACUACCUUCAGUGGUUUUUCUCCAUGAUCUGCCCCUCAGACAAGGCCGUCAUUUACCCACCGCAAACACAUGCAUUAACUGCCUG